AGUGACGCACUUCCACUUUGCUGGGCGCGCGGUGGACGAUCUGAAAAGCAGAGCGCCGAUUUGACUAGGGCCUCGCGGCUCUCUAGCCCGGCAUGGCCUCCUCACGAGCCUCCUCCACGGCAACUAAAACUAAAGCACCUGAUGAUUUAGUUGCUCCUGUUGUGAAGAAACCACACAUUUAUUAUGGAAGCUUGGAAGAGAAAGAGAGGGAACGUCUGGCCAAAGGAGAAUCUGGGAUUUUGGGAAAAGAAGGACUCAAAGCAGGCAUUGAAGCCGGAAAUAUUAAUAUAACCUCUGGGGAAGUAUUUGAAAUUGAGGAGCACAUCAGUGAGCGGCAAGCGGAAGUCUUGGCAGAGUUUGAAAGAAGAAAGCGGGCCCGACAAAUCAAUGUUUCCACAGAUGACUCAGAGGUCAAGGCUUGCCUUAGAGCCUUGGGAGAACCUAUCACACUUUUUGGAGAGGGCCCUGCUGAACGAAGAGAAAGAUUAAGAAAUAUCCUCUCAGUGGUUGGAACUGAUGCCUUAAAAAAGACGAAAAAAGAUGAUGAGAAAUCUAAGAAGUCAAAAGAAGAGUAUCAGCAAACCUGGUACCAUGAAGGGCCAAAUAGCCUAAAAGUGGCCAGACUGUGGAUUGCUAAUUAUUCACUCCCCAGGGCAAUGAAACGCUUGGAGGAGGCCCGUCUCCAUAAGGAGAUUCCUGAGACAACCAGAACCUCCCAGAUGCAAGAGCUACACAAAUCUCUCCGGUCUUUGAAUAAUUUCUGCAGUCAGAUUGGAGACGAUCGGCCGAUCUCCUAUUGCCAUUUUAGCCCCAAUUCUAAGAUGCUAGCCACAGCCUGUUGGAGUGGGCUUUGCAAGCUCUGGUCUGUCCCUGACUGCAGCCUUCUUCACACUCUUCGAGGCCAUAACACAAAUGUCGGAGCCAUUGUGUUCCAUCCUAAAUCCACUGUCUCAUUGGACCAAAAGGAUGUCAACUUGGCUUCUUGUGCAGCCGAUGGUUCUGUGAAGCUUUGGAGUCUGGACAGUGAUGAACCAGUGGCAGAUAUUGAAGGCCAUACAGUGCGUGUGGCUCGGGUAAUGUGGCAUCCAUCAGGGCGUUUCCUGGGCACGACCUGUUAUGACCGUUCAUGGCGCUUAUGGGAUUUAGAGGCUCAAGAGGAGAUCCUGCAUCAGGAAGGCCACAGCAUGGGUGUGUAUGACAUUGCCUUCCAUCAAGAUGGCUCUUUGGCUGGCACUGGGGGACUGGAUGCAUUUGGUCGAGUUUGGGACCUACGCACAGGACGUUGCAUUAUGUUCCUAGAAGGCCACCUGAAGGAGAUCUAUGGGAUAAAUUUCUCCCCCAAUGGCUAUCACAUUGCAACGGGCAGCGGUGACAACACCUGCAAGGUGUGGGACCUUCGACAGCGGCGUUGUGUCUACACCAUCCCUGCCCAUCAGAACUUAGUGACCGGUGUCAAGUUUGAGCCUAUCCACGGAGACUUCUUGCUCACAGGUGCCUAUGAUAACACAGCCAAGAUCUGGACCCACCCAGGCUGGUCGCCGUUGAAGACUCUGGCUGGACAUGAGGGCAAAGUAAUGGGCCUGGACAUUUCUUCUGAUGGGCAGCUCAUAGCCACUUGCUCAUACGACAGGACCUUCAAGCUCUGGAUGGCAGAGUAAGCAAGACCAUGGAAGGCCUCGGACCUUGUGCUCUCACCAAGGAGCCAUUUUCCUCAGAGGAAAAGAAUUGUGCUGUGGUCUAUCAUGUUUUCUACCAGAUACCACGUGUAGGAUUGGAUUUUCACGUCAGCCCCGCUUCUGAGUAGCCCUGUCUCUAGGUGAUGGUGGUAUGGUGGUUAGAGUGCAAUCCUCAUCUCAGGUUCUGCCAUAAACUGUAGACAUUGUUUAGACUCAUCACUUUUAAAUGCCCUCCCUCCUCUGUCAGUCCUCAGGAUUGUGGCUAG